AUGGCUAUGGACCCAGGUGGUCAUAAGACGGAUGAAGUAUGAUCGAAAGUCUGCGAAAAAGACUUAGAAGAGAACAUCUCGAAGGGAAAGAACAGCGAACAAUUAUUCGAAGACGAAGGUAAUAUUGAUAAGUCCAUUGUAAUCAAUACAGAAGACGAUACGGGGAGUACUCGAAGCGUAGAUGCAGAAGAACAACAGGCACGAAUAUGCACAAGAAAGGGCGUACAAGUAAACUUAGAAAAUGCACGAAAAAAGACGAAAAAGUCAGGUAUGGCUGUAGAAUCUCGUAUAAAUCGUAUAGAUGAAUUACUUAGAGAACAGUGUUGUGAUAUUGUGAAGCUCACUGCUAGUAAAGAUGGUCUACAAAUGGAUAUGGAUGACUUUAAGCGAUUUAAUGAAGAGUUAUCGGAUUUGUUAUUAUUGUCUUUGAGUGAUUAUAAUUCUAACAUUGAGGAUCAAGUGUAUUUUGAGGGUAUUCGUGAGAAGUACUUAGAGUGCUGUGCUGAUGUUAAAACUAGAAUAGGUGAUUUAACACAAGAGAGAUUGGAGAUGCUUUCGCAGAAAACUUCGAACAGUGUUAAAAGUCGAAUGUCGAGAUUAUCAAGGGCUUCAUCUGUGUCGUCUAAACAAGCCGCUGCGAAUGCUGCAGCUUUAAAGGAGAAAAUGCUCAGUCUUAAAAGGAAACAAAAUAUCGAAAGACAGCAAGAAGAGCUUAAACAUCAUCAAAGAGAACUAGAAUGGCAAGUGGAACAAGAACAAUUACAAG